GGUAAUGCCAGACAUACCGAGGUGCAUGCCCGCAGCUUGAUCUGUGCCGGUCAAGUUCGGCCAUGCUUCUUUCCUUCCUAGUACGCAAAGUAGGGCGUACCUUCAAGCUUUACAAACUCUUGUCUUCCCCACAUCACUGCUCCACGACUUCUGUUGUUCGCUGUGCAUCUACAUUCUACGCCAUAUACCUGAUCAACCCCCUGCUUUAGAUCUCUUUCCUUUCAGCUGAUCUCGUCGCUGUGCGCGCGGCUGCGUCCCGCCCUGUACUCUUUUACCACGAUGCCCUCACCCGACCCUCUCGUGCCUGUCGAGCGCUUCAUCCAAAGGGGUCUUGCGCGCCUUCCCCUGGUCGUUAGCCGUUGGUUUGGAUAUCGCGGAAAGGCAUCACCUCCAUCUCUGACGUGGGUCGUGUGCUUGUGGGGCUUCAUUGGCGCAUUUGGGGGGCUUAGCGUCAUUCUUGCGAUCUUUGGCCAUACCGAGUACUUUCGAAGUCGCGCUGUCCCGCCUAUUGUUGCGUCGUUCGGAGCUUCUGCAAUUCUAUGCUAUGGAGCUAUCGAUGUCCCGUUAGCUCAACCGCGCUCUCUCGUCUUCGGUCAUUUCUUCAGCGGCUUGACCGGGGUCAUCAUCGCAACUAUAUUCCAGUUCAACCUCACGGAAGACCCUUUUCCACGGCUUCAAUGGCUCGCAGCCAGUCUUGCAACAGCUAUCGCCCUUGUUGUCAUGCACCUGACUAAGACGACUCACCCUCCAGCCGGAGCGACGGCACUACUUCCGUGCCUCGAUCCGCACAUCUGGGCCCUGCGAUGGUACUUUCUCCCUGUGCUACUGUUAUCCUCUUCGAUUAUUCUUGUCACCGCCCUGAUGAUGAACAAUAUCCAACGGCAGUACCCCAAGUUCUGGGUCGCUCAACUCCCGCCGCCACCACCACCAGCGCCCAAAGACGACCCGCAUCGACACCGCAGGCCACCAAUGGCAGAAGAUUUCCCUGUCCGUAGUCAACACAACGAGCUGCGUGAACUUGAAAGCGGGCGGUAGUUCCUCUUCAUCGGCGUUCGCGAAUCGUUCCGUCCCAGCUACCGUCAAAUUCGGGUUACGGAUUUUC